CGGCAGCUCCGCUCCGCUCGGGGCAGCGCAUCCCCGCCGUGUCCCCUCCGCGGCCGCUCCCGCUGCGCUCCGGGAGCGCCGGUCCCGCUCCCCCCGCGACGCGGCUCUGCGGGCGCUGCGGCACCGGCAGGCGGGGGCCCCGGGCGUCCUGCGGCUCGGGGGUCCCUCUGUCCCCCGACGCGGCCCCCUGAGAGGGGAAGAAGAGCCGAGGGGAUAGUCCGGGGUGAAAGGCGAGUUCUUGGAAAGCCGCGUCAAAUCCAGGGCUGUCCGAAUGCCAGAGCCCACCCUGCAGCCCGCCCAGCUCAGCGAGCGACCUUAACUGGGGACCUGCUGUUGCUCUAAAUAAGAGCUGUGGUUGUCUUGUGCUGUCGGGUGAGAAAUUCUCCUGGAAGAGGAGGACGACAGACACUUGGAGCUUGCCGGGAUUGCUGGCAGAGAGCAAAAGCCAGGCUGAAACAGAGCAAAAAACCCCACAGGAGACUUCAGACUGGAAUUCUGCAGGGGCAGAGUGCUACUGGGAAAAGCAAAAGAAGGUAGCAAAAAGAGCUUUUCCAGGCUGGAUCGUCUCUACAAGCUGGGUUUUCUCCUUGCCUUGGGUGCCCCAUCACAGCAGCCGUGCUGCAGGAAGAAAACCUGGAAAAAGAUGCACUGAAGUGUCACACGUCAAAGAAGGAAAGCUUGGAUCCUGCCUUGGAGGCUGCUGUAGCACACAGCACUGGAGAGGAGAACCAGAGGGAAUCAACUGGCCAUCAUUCCCAGUUCCUGCUCUCUCAGUGGUUGGUGUCCCCCGUUCCUGGACUUUGCUUGAUGGGGAUCUCUGCUGCAGGAGCAGGCUCUGCACUCCAAGGCAGGCGGGCAGGGAUAGGAGAGGUCGCUCCUAGAUGCCGGAAAGGCCAUUUGUGUAAGUUCCUGGCAGAAGAUCUCUUCUGGAACAGCUGCUGGCUGUAGGCCCACCAAGCCAAGGGUCAGGAUAGCCUCUGAACAGCAUGUCUGCCAAGCCUGAGAAGAAGGAGACCCACCAGGCCAACGGGGCUGUGCCUGUGGACCAUCUCACCAGUCCGGACCAGGGGCAGCUGGUGGAGCCCUCAGAUUUCCUGGGACCUGCUGCAGUAGAAGCAGUGGUGCUGGAGUCCCGUGCCAACGCCAAAGGGGUGCGAGAAGAUGAUGCCCUGCUGGAAAAUGGCAGCCAGAGCAAUGAAAGCGAUGACACCAGCACACACCAGAGUCCUGAGCCAGCCUCGCCCCUCAAGGAGACCUCCUUUUCCAUUGGGCUGCAAGUCCUCUUCCCGUUCCUCCUGGCAGGCUUUGGGACAGUUGCUGCUGGAAUGGUGCUGGACAUUGUGCAGCACUGGGACGUCUUCAAAAACGUGACCAAUUUGUUUAUCUUAGUACCUGCACUGCUGGGCCUGAAGGGGAACCUGGAGAUGACUCUGGCAUCCCGCCUGUCCACUGCUGUGAGUACCCAGGGAGCUCAGGGGGGGAGCAGGAUGCUGGGUUUGGGAAGA